CACGGGCAGCUACUACCGAUGCACUUAUUAUCGGACAACACUAACCUCGCAAAAUUUGAAGAUUAGCUGUAUUAGAAUGUGUCGGAGUAGGAAGUCAAAAUGAGUUAACUUUAAUUGGAAUAAAUCGGCCGCCGGGUUAAGUCUACCGUUGGCGUUACAGUUAUGUUACAGGGACUUCAGUCAAUUCAACAUGAGGACUAAUGCAUCGUGUGCCCAGACAAGGCUAUCUGUAACUCAGCGUUGGUUUCUUAAGGGGUUGCCAGUUAGAGGACAGUCGAGUAUUUUAAGUACUUUGAAGAAGUACGUUGUUACUAGCGUUAGUUAGCUGGCGCUACAGAGAUGGCACGCCCGUGUCCGAUAAUGGAUCAACGAUCAUGAUUUAUCAUGAGGCGUGUAUUUGCCUCUUUACCCGCUAAUUACUAUAAUGUUAGCUUGGGUUUCAGCUGUCUCCGCUCCUAAGGGUGUGCACACAGCUUCAUUCAUAAACUGAACUAGAACGCCAACACAGCCCGUUUCAAACAUGUUGUUGGCUUAGCAGGCUAGCUAGAUGGCUACAGAAGGAUAGGUAUGCAGUUGCUAGUUGCUAGUCAACUGUAACCUACUUGAGCUAACGCUGGCUAGAUGUGCCAUAUGGUCGACCUGUAAGCAUUGAUUAGUGUGGUCCGUUCACAAUUGGAUUAACCAGCGUCUGUCGCCAUAAGCAACUGUCAAAACAUUGUAGUAGCGUUAGUUUAGUGUAAAUUAUUUCCCAACGUUUGUGUGUAACAUAGCUUGAAUUACAGCUGUUUAAGAAUUGAGCAGAGACUGCGCUGAAUUUGGGAGGAGCCUGAGGUCAGAGCUGGACAUACAGAAGCAGAAGUGAAGGAACUGCCCAUCAAUGGCCAACCCCACCCCUCAGCUUGAUGCACUGUGACAGAGAAGUGAGUGGACCAGAAGUACUGUAGCUAACUGCCAUGGAAGAAACUCAGCCCAAACCUGCUACUCCGGAGCCGAGCCCUGCACCCAGUCCUGCUCCUAGUCCAGCACCCAGUCCAGCACCCAGCCCACUGCUGGACAGAAUUGCUUUACCUGCAGGAAACCAUGUGGAGCACCUAAAUGUGAACCAGAUUCAGGUGGUGGUACGACGCUGCUCCAGUCCAAAUGUUACAGAGGAGACGACCUAUUUUAUUCCUCGAAACCCUGUGGUGGAUGCUGGCACAAACACAGACCCACCAGUGGUGUGCUGCCCCUUGCUCCACAGAUUUUGCCCAUGUCCACCAAGAGGUCUCCUGGCCUCUCUCGUUACCAAAGUCCUUUUGGCAGCUGUGCUCUUUGGAGUGGUUUGGUCUAUCACAGAGGACGAAUGUCUUCCAGGGGGAAACCUGUUUGGCAUCACAAUACUCUUCAUCUGUGCACUCAUCGGUGGCAAAUUGGUGGCUCUCAUCCGUCUGCCCAGACUUCCACCAUUCCCACCACUCCUCGGUAUGCUGCUGAUGGGUUUCCUGCUGAGGAACAUCCCGGUUGUAACAGAGGGGGUGUACAUUGACUUCAGAUGGUCUGCAUCACUGAGAAACAUCGCUCUGGCUGUGAUUCUGGCCAGAGCUGGUCUCGGGUUGGAUCCCAUGGCUCUGAGGAAACUAAAGACCGUGUGUCUACGAGUGGCAGUUGGGCCCUGCAUGAUAGAGGCUUGCACCACAGCUCUGGUCUCUCACUUCCUCAUGGGCUUGCCCUGGGUGUGGGGCUUCAUCCUUGGGUUUGUGCUGGGCGCUGUGUCUCCAGCAGUGGUGGUUCCCUCCAUGCUGCUGCUGCAGAAGGAUGGAUAUGGCGUGGAGCAGGGCAUCCCCACCUUGCUGAUGGCUGCAGGCAGCUUUGAUGACAUUCUUGCCAUCACUGGGUUCACCACAUGCUUGGGCAUGGCCUUCGCCACAGGCUCCACUUGGUACAACCUCCUCAGAGGUGUACUGGAGGUGGCCGGCGGGAUGGUGGCUGGAACUCUUCUUGGCUUCCUCAUUCAAUACUUUCCUAGUGUUGACCAGAAACACUUAGUGAUGAAGCGUUCCUUCUUGGUCCUGGGUCUGUCCGUCUUUGCUGUGUUCGGCAGCGGUGUGGCUGGCUUUCCCGGCUCUGGAGGCCUCUGCACCCUGGUGCUGGCAUUUCUGGCUGGGCUCGGCUGGGGGACAGAAAAGGCACGUGUGGAGGAAGUGGUAGGGUGGGCGUGGGACAUGUUUCAGCCUCUACUCUUUGGACUCAUUGGAGCAGAGAUUCGACUCUCUGAGCUGGAGGGACACACAGUUGGUCUGGGUAUUGCCUCUCUGCUCAUUGCUCUCCUGGUUCGACUUCUGUUCACCUUUGUAUGUGUGUUGUGCGCGGGCUUUAACAUGAAGGAAAAAGUGUUCAUAGCCCUGGCGUGGAUGCCCAAAGCCACAGUGCAGGCAGCCAUAGGCUCCACAGCUUUAGACAUGGCCAGAACAAAGGACGACAAGCAGAUGCAGAAGUACGGCAUGGAUGUGCUGACAGUGGCCGUGCUGGCCAUCCUUCUCACAGCCCCUGUAGGAGCUCUUAUUAUAGGGCUUUCUGGACCUCGUCUGUUACAGAGACCGAAGAACUCAGCCUGUGGCACUGCAGCAGGUGAAGAUGACAAUGAAACUCCUGUCACCUAUGAAAGUACACUCUGACACCACCUAUCUUAAUCCAGCAAGCAAGGACAUUUAACGAGACUUCUGGUGUGCGUUCACACCUCGGGUAUUUGAGCUUUCUUUUAGCCACCAAGUGGUUCUCUUUGUCUCGCUAUCUGCUGGUCAGCUCUUGAUGUUUGCCAUGCUGCAGGAACACAUGAAUCACCCUGUAUUUAUAGCCUCUGGUAGUUUCCAGGCCUCGGGCUCCAAACAAAUGACCCACAUCCAAGCAUCUGCACUGUCAUACUGUAUGAACGGUAUGGAAGAGGUGGUUUUGUUUCUGGUCCCAAGUGAAUGUUUAAGUAUAUAUUUAUAUAUAUAUAUGUUAGUACAGGCAUGAAUGUGGUUUACAUUAUUGUAAAGGUGGGUAUUGUUCCUGUCUGUCCCAUUCACUGAAUCCUUUACAUUUUUUAUGACUACAUUUCUGUAAGCUAUUUCCCGUAUUUGGACUUGAAAAGGCAAUAAUACUCUAUUUUAUUAUAAGCAGUUUCCUUUGGAGGGCUACGCAACUGAAUGUAAUGACAGUAGCAGUAUUUUUUCGUUUUAAAUUAGACUACACAGUCGAGACACAUUUAAGUCUUUAGGUGUUCUGCACUCAGUACAGUUUUACAGCUAUGUGUUUGUGUAUUAUUUUUUAUUUAAAUAUGUAUUAGCUGUUUGUCUUGGUGAUGAGAAGCGUUUGUCUAGUUGACAAGAACUCAGGAAAAAAUCUAAAUAAUUCACAGUACUUUCUCCUGGUUUGUACACAGUGCUGCUAAAACUCCUAUCAUCUACUACAUGGCACUAUGUCUGCUUUCAAUGUCAUUAAUCAACAGUGGUAAUGUCCAUAUUCAAAACACUCAUGUAAACCCAACUUUUUAUAGUUUGAAUAUGAAAGAAAGUAGACUUAGAUUUUUUUCAUCAUGUUUGUUACAUAACUGUUGAAUUUUUUUUAUUACAGAAGUAUGCAGUGUAAGUUUUUAAUUUGUUUGAAUUUAUAUGGCCUCACUGAAAAAGGUUUGUAUGUAAUAUUAGCAACCAUUUGAUAAUUUUACAGAAUUGAGCAUUCAUUAUAAUUAGUUCAAAUAAUAAAUUAUU